UACCUGCUGGCUAGUUAACUUAGCUAGCAACCUUACCUAACAGUCACUACUGUUGAAGAAUAAUGAAAUGAAUGAGAGACAAAAUGAUAUUACGUUGUCUUCCGCUAAAUUUUCUGUUAUAUUUGAGAGGGAAGAUGACGUCCGUCCGUUUGUUUUUGGUAUUAUAGCUGUUAUAACGUUUCGCUGAGUCCAUUUUGCGUGUAUCUGGAAGUGGAAAAGACAAAGAGAAAAGAGCUUUCCAGUAGCUAGAAUGGUUUGGGCCUAAAUAGAAGAUAAGAGCAACAUGAACCGUGAGGACCGGAAUGUGCUCCGAAUGAAAGAAAGAGAAAGGCGAAAUCAAGAAAUCCAACAGGGAGGAGGAGAGGCCUUUCCAGCAAAUUCCCCUCUCUUUCCUGAGCCCUACAAAGUUUCCAGCAAGGAAGAUAAACUGUCCAGCCGUAUUCAAAGCAUGCUGGGCAAUUACGACGAGAUGAAAGAGCCAAUUGGAGGUGACACCAUCCCAAAACUUAGUUGUAAACCCUCCAGUAGUUCAUCUUCUUCUGAGGACAAAUCAGGCCAGUCCUUGUUCGGCGGGGACCAGCGUGGCGUAGGUAGCGGUGGCAGCAGCCAGAGCAGUAAGUGGACGCCUGUUGGCACCCCAGCAGGGACCUCUUCAUCUCAGUCCCAGAAACGCUCAGGCCUCCAGGGCGGGCACGGCAGCCAGAGGGGCAACGGAGGCAGCAGUAGCGGCAGCAGCAGCAGUAGCCAAAGACACGGAGGAGAGGCGCGGGAAAAGAAGUCAAGCAAGCACAGCGUGGGGUCAGAGCACUCAAAGUCCCACACCUCCAGCCCAGCCAAAGGCUCGCUGAACUCCUCCAGCAGCAGUAGCCACUCUCGGGGCUCCUUGUCUGCCGAGCAGCAUCACGGCAAGGAGCAGCGCUACCGCUCCAAGUCCCCCCGAGAUAGAGAGGCCAAUUGGGACUCGCCCUCGCGGGUUCACACCUCCUUCCCCAGUGGACAGCACUCCAGUCAGGCCUUCCCCCCGUCUCUCAUGUCCAAGCCCGGCUCCAUGCUGCAGAAGCCAACUGCCUACGUUCGGCCUAUGGACGGCCAAGAAACGGCAGAGCCCAAGAGCUCGCAAGCAGAAAGUUAUAGCGGACAGUCUCACAGCAGCACCAUGGGAGAGAUGAAGUCCAAUGGCAAGGCUUCGCUCUCCAAGCUCAAGAUACCCUCACAGCCAGUAGAGGGCUCCGGUGAUGCCAACUGUGUAGAUGAGAUUUUAAAGGAAAUGACUCAGUCAUGGCCCCCUCCGUUGACAGCCAUUCACACCCCCUGCAAGACAGAGCCCUCCAAGUUUCCAUUCCCCACUAAGGAUUCUCAGCACUCAGGUUUUCCAAGUGGUCACAAGAGAUGCAGCUCAUCCAAGAGCUCCAGCAGCCACCAGUCCAAGGCCUGUGAUGACCAGCCCAAUAUGCUGGAGGAUGACUUGAAACUAAGCAGCAGUGAAGACAGUGACGGAGAACAGGACCAAGCCAAGAACCCCUCCAGGAACGCAUCAGCAAGUAACAAUAGUAAUAACAGCGAGGGUGCUGACCAUUCAAGAGAUGACUCCAGCAGCCGCAGUGGCUCAGAGAGCAGCUCAGGCUCCGACAGUGAGAGCGAAAGCAGUUCGACAGACAGUGAGGCCAACGAGCACCCACGGCCUGCCUCUCCUGAACCUGAGCAGCCCAUGGCCAACAAGUGGCAGCUGGAUAACUGGUUCAAGAAGGCCAAGCAGUUCUCUCCAGCGUCCCCAGUGGACAACAACAAUGUUCCGCCCAAAUACAAGAAGGAGGGCCGAGAUAACAGCUCAGGACGGGGCUACAGUGGCCAGGGAGGGGGGCUGAAAGACUCUGGGGCACCUACACCAAGCAGAGACCUACGGGCAGCGCAAAAGGGUGCAGAGAGUGGCCGUGGUCGGCAGAAAUCCCCAGCCCAGAGUGAGGGUGGCACAGGCCAGAGAAGGACUGUGGGCAAAAAACAGCCUAAAAAGUCUGAGAAGCCUCCAGUGGUGGAGGAGCCCAAAGGAGGUCUGAGAGUAGAGAGUGAACCAGCUCCAGAGAUAACACCCCACCGGCCCAAAGCUGCUACAAAGGGUUCACGCAAACCAAGCAUAAAAAAAGAGCCCAAGUCCUCUCCAAGGCCCACUGCUGCUGCCACCACUGCCGCUGCAGACAAGCGCAAGGCCAAGGCACCCACUAAGACUUCCCAGAAGUCUCGUGAGUUUGUUGAAACGGACUCCUCUUCAUCAGAGUCUGAGGAGAAUGACAGCAUUCCUUCCUCGUCGCAGACACCUAAGUACACAGAGAGCAUCAGGACUCCUGUAUGUGUGUUCUCUCCAAUGGAAGAGAAGGAGCUGCUGUCUCCGCUUAGUGACCCUGAAGAGCGCUACCCUGCCAGGCAGGCACAGCAGCAGGUUUUGCUGGUGAAGAUAGACCUUAGUCUGCUGUCUAGGAUCCCAGGACGGCCCUACAAGGACCCUGUAGAGAUCAAAGUGGAGAGGGACGACUCCCUAGACAGGGACAGCAAAGACUUCAGCAAGCAGAGCUCCGAGAAGAGCUCUAGCAAGGGAAAGAGGAAACACAAGAAUGAUGAUGAGAGCACCAAGUCUGACAGUAAGCGGUCCAAGCUAGAGGAUAAGUCCUUAUCUCAUCACAAAAACAGCAGUAAAGAGUCUAAGAGAUCUUUGGAGAAGAAAGAGGAGCCAGUCCCUUCUCCUUCCAUGUCAGGUCUUCAACGGACGCCCAAGGCAGAGCAUCAGAGCCGAAAGCGGACAGUCAGCCAGUCGUCCACCUCUCUGUCCAGUGGGGCCGGCAGUGGUAAGGAGGGAGGCCACAGCACCAAGGGCAACUCCACCUCCAAACACAGGAAAGGAGAGGACAAGGGACGUAGCACCCGUGAUGGCAAGGAGAAAUCCUCAAAGGGCUGUGAUAACCAGCUGGCCGUGCCUCCACUCUCCACAGACGGCUCCAAGUCUCAGAGAUCCAAGCUGGUGUUUGAGGACAGGGUCCAUUCAGCAGAUCAUUACUUACAAGAGGCCAAGAAACUCAAACACAAUGCUGAUGCACUGUUGGACCGUUUUGAGAAGGCGGUAUACUACUUGGAUGCUGUGUUGUCUUUUAUUGAAUGUGGUAAUGCCCUGGAAAAGAGUGCCCAAGAGGCCAAGUCUCCUUUCCCUAUGUACGCCGAGACUGUGGAGCUCAUCAAAUACACUAUGAAGUUAAAAAGCUACAUGGCCCCUGAUGCUACUUCAGCAGACAAGAGGCUAGCUGUCCUGUGCCUGCGAUGCCAGUCCCUCCUUUACCUACGAUUGUUCAAGCUGAGGAAAGAGAGUGCCCUGAAGUACUCGAAAACACUCACUGAACAUUUAAAGAAUUCUCUGAGUAACACCCAGGCUCCCUCUCCUGGAAUGGGAAACAAGGCAGCCGGUAUGCCCUCUCCGGUGUCUCCCAAACUGUCGCCGGGCACGGCUGGUGGCUACUCAUCAGGCAGCAGCAGCAGCAGCGGCAGUUCAUCUGUGACCAUACCUCAGCGUAUCCACCAGAUGGCGGCCAGCUACGUCCAGGUCACCUCCAACUUCCUGUACGCCAACGAGGUCUGGGACCAGGCUGAGCAACUAUCCAAGGAACAGAAAGAGUUCUUUUUGGAGUUGGACAAGGUGAUGGGUCCUCUGAUCUUCAACACCAGCAGCAUGACAGAACUGGUGCGCUACACACGGCAGGGCCUCCACUGGCUGCGCCUGGACGCAAAGCCUAUUCCCUAGCGAGGGCUCGUUCCCUGCAGGCUGCUUCCACAUACACUCACACCUCAGCCACUUGCAUUCAGCAACAUGUGCUCAGAGACACACGUGCAUGCCAGGGUGCAUGCACUCACAUACAGACACGUGCGCUCAAACACACACACACACACACACACACACACACACACACACACACACACACACAUACAUACAUAUGUACUGUAUGCACACACAGUUCACCUCUGGUCCUCCACGUACACACUUGUGAUGAACUUCUCAGACAUAUCUCCAACACUGUGUCCAUUUUUCUACACCAGCUUGCCAAAAACACUGAGCAAUUUGGAACAUCUUACACCUGCAGCAAGACCACACAGGGGAAGCAUCCUAUAACUGCAGCCCAGGAUAAUAAUAAUAAUAAAAAAGCUUAUUUCCAUGCUACAUAUACUGGCAUUCUUACACAUAUCUUUGGCUUGUGACAGAAGGCCAUGUUUCUAUCUAUUUGGCAUUGAAGCAUUUUGCGAAUUAUUUUCGAAUACACUAAAAAUGUGGUUUGGUUUAUAGGCUACUUUGGCUUCUAACUUUUGUUCUCAUUUGUUUUACCAAAGUACCUCCCUUAAACACCAAAGGUGCUUUAAAAUGAAGGUUUCUCUUUAUCUUUUUUGUGCCUUGUAUGUGAGCUACAGGAAAAAUGAAUGAUCAUCCAUCAUGUCUGAAUGAUUUUUGUCAUCUUUCUUUUCCAUCUCUCUCUUUUUUUUGUUAGGGCUACAAUCAUUGUUUUAUGCAUUUAAACACCAUUUUGAAUAGCUAAAGGAAGCUGGCAACAAUUAUGUUCAUACAGCAGUCCUAUUUCACACACGUUGGACAUUUUGUGUAUAAUUGCAACAAAGAUGGUGUUAGCGCAGUCUUGGCCUCCACUAAGCUGGCUCGCUCACACCAUCUUGUUUUAUCUUUCCUUCAAAGUCUCUAGGAACUGGAGUUUGAUCAUGGAACAGGCCAAGGAUUGUAGGAAGGGCUAGUGUGCGCACCUGAUAGAUACUUCUGACACACACGUGUUUGUAAAUGUUCAUCUUGGCUGGUAUAUCAAUCAAAAUCUUAGUUGUAACAGUGUCUGUUUGUAGAAAACAGGCACUUUGAGAGAUUUGCUUUUUCUCUGAGGCUCGAGACAUUUGAGUUUCUUCCUUUGAGAUGUUAUUACUAGCUACAUUGUUGUCCAUUGAGAAAUUUCCUUGAGGAAAGGUAACUUCCAAACACGGUGUUAUUGUUCUGUUGAUCUGUCCUUGAUGUGUGCACAAGGGUUGCUCAUAGUGUAUUUUUCUAAGGAACAGCAGGGUGUGUCUAAGUAUUGAAAAUCGUACCCAUGUAUACAAUGCAGUUAUUUACAGUGCAGUUUAUAACAACUGGGCCUGUGUGACAACAAAACGGGAAGGCUGGCCCCCAAAAACGCAAAUCCAACCAAGCGGAAAGAUGUAGGUAAAUAUGUUCUGUAGAGUAGCAAACUCAUCAGUGAUACAGAUUAGCAGUGUUGCAUUUAUAGAUCAAAGAACUUUAAAUCUAUGAUUAUAUAUUCCAAAUAAGAAUUAAAACGGCCAAUAUAGAUUUUAUUUAUGUACCAAGCAGUUUUCUUUUUCUUCUGGCAAAAGUUAUAACUUUUCAAAUGCAUAGGUUUAAAACAGGGUUGAACAGGGAUAAGAUGCAAAGUAUUUGUAUAUGUAUUUGUUCUUAUUUAAAUGUUAAAAAAAAAAAAAAGUAGCUCCUUGAUUCUCUACCUAGUGUAGUCAUACUUGUAUUACAAGAAGUAUAUAACAAAUACAUCAACUAGUCGUCUAUAUUUAUAUGGCACAGCAGGCCGGGUAGAGACAACAGAGUAACUGUGUAUGCCAGCUGUCCAGAUGUGAACCGUUUCAAUUGGUUGUUCUGAAUUAUUGUUUUGUCAUCAAGACAAACGUGGACAGCAGUGCUUUUGAACCAAGAAGUUAACAUUUCGCAAGGGAGUUAGAAGUUUAGGUGUUUGGCCGAUGGUCAGCGAUGUGAAGGACUGUCCUGUUUUUUUAGCCCAAUUCCUAUAAAAUCAUGCUGGAAACAUAUAAGCCAGGCCUGGGCCAAAUAUUAAUUGACACUAUUUUUAUUUUAUUUCGUUGGCAGAUGCCUGUGGGUUCGGUUUGCCAAAUAUGACGAGAAAAAAGUGCCGGGAAGUUUAGACAAUCACAGGGAAGUAUUUUAAACUCAGUUUGGCGUACUUUUCUCGGUCGACACUUUACCCAGUACUUUUUUCACUGCAAGGUAAAAACAGCUUUUUUCGGAAAUACUAUUUGACCCAGGUUUGUUUAUUAUUUUUUUCCUCAUCGGCUCCCUGGCCUUUUUGUAGGAGGGGAUACUGUUAUUUCCUCUUGCACUUGAAAGACUGACAGUCAGAAGAGGUAUUAUUUUAAUCUAUGCAGGAUUUUUACAAAAAAAAAAAGGAUCUGUUUCUGAAAAAUCCAUAUUUAAUUUUUACGCUCGGGAUUUUUCCCCCACUUUUGUUUCCGUCUCAGAAAGAAACCUGUUCGACUCAAGUGUCCAAUGCCUUUAGCUUUUGCAAUUUUGUGUACUGGUUUAGUAUAUAUGUAUAUAUAGGUCUGUUUUUAUAACUAAACACGGAUGGCUUGAGCCAUUUUGUACUUAAAAGCUGGAGGCCACUUUUCUCAUAGGAAUUCCUCUGGGUUUUGCCAGCCCACUCAAUGUCUUCAUACACUGGUACACUUUGUAAGUACAGGUCUGCGCCUCGUGUUCCCUACGCUAUCUAAAAGUCAAAUGUGCAAAUUUAGCAUUAGGGUAAUUUGUAACAGUUUGCUACUCACAUUUAUUUAUUUUUCUGCCCCUUUGCUUAAUGUUUUUUUUUUUUUUCCUCUUCUGUUUUGCCUUUCUAUGGAACACCAUUUUCUGAAAUAGGAAGAUGUUAAUGUAUUGGGGUUGUUCACGAUGAGAUUUCAUUGUAAGUAGUGAUUAAUAUUAAUUCUAACUUGAAAGAAUCCAGGGUAAGAUGAUUUUUUUUUUUUUUUUUGGACAUUCAGUAGAAAGAUGUUAACACUUGCAUGUUUCUAUUUAAAAGCAAAUGUAUAAAUUGUAAAUAGAACAUUUCUUUAAGGGUGAAUUUCUACUACAGUUUGACAUUUUUAUUGAAAUUUAAAAAUGUUGUAAAUACAUUUGUGAGAUACUUUAUGCACAUUUUUUUUUCUUUCUUUCUCUGUGAGCUUUUGCGUUCUCCUCUUCUCUUCCAGGCUGUUACGGAUGACACCCUAGUCUCUUAACACUGUAUAUCAAAUUGUUUCAUCACUCAUUUUGUUUCCGUGCUCGUAUGCUUUUGUCUUCUGCUCCACUGUCUGUCAAUAUCAUGGUCGCCACAUAAUCAUGUCUCUUGAUCCAAGUGCGAAUAUUUUGUCUUCUCUGUAUUUAAUAUGGAGACGUGUAAAUUCAUGAAAUGUAUAUUGUUGAUCUCAUGGGAUGGAUGGAUGGAUGGAUGGAUGGAUGGAUGGGUGGGUGGAUGGAUGGAUGCGUGGGGCAAAGUGUGUACAGUCAGUUGUGUAAAAUCCCAUCUGUCUCUACCUGGCGAGAAAGACGUAUUUACUAUGUGUCCCUUUUGAACAAUUGGUCCAACAUGUCUUUUGAAACAGAGGUAUUUCUCUAAGCGUCAAAACAGUUGUAGGAGUUUAUACAGUAUGUUGUACCACAUCUUUUUCUAAAAAGUCGUCUCAAAAGCGAGACCAGCAGCAUACACUAAGUACAAUAGUCUAAAUUGGGUUAGUUUUAAGAGAACCGAUGAUAGAGAUACUAUAUAUGAUGGAUGCAAUAUGAUUAAGUAAAGGUACUCAUUGAGUUUGGUCUUCAAACUUAGGUUAUCAUGUAAUUUAAAAGCAUUCUUGUGAAGUGAGUAUUAAUUGUUACUAAUGGGAGUCUGUCCUGAAUAUUCUUUGUAUUUUGCCGUAUUGAGAAUAAAAUAUAUAUGGUUAUGUUUAAA